AUGUCUUCAGAACUUGAAGAUAGAAGUCUUUCUCUAGUAAUUUUGGAACCAGCCAUUCUGAUCGUAAUGACAACAGCUUGUCUUAUUGGAAAUGUUGUAACGUGUAUUGCUGUAUAUUCAAACGAACGUCUUCGUACUUCAAGUAAUCUUUAUGUGAUUACUUUGGCAAUCAGCGAUGCAAUUAACGCGUCCACGGUAAUGCCUUUGACUAUCGGCGUUCUAAUAACAGGCAGAUGGCCAUACGGCGAAGCGCUCUGCAACAUCCACGCGUUUUUUACGUUGUUUUCUGUGUACGUAUCACCAACUACAAUGGGGCUGACCGCCUUUAACAGGUAUGUCCGCAUUGUGAGACCAGGACAUUAUUCACGCAUUUUCAAUGCACGGCAAUCAAAGAUAUAUGUGGCUGCAAUAUGGCUGAUUGUUUCUGGAUACGCAUUAGUUCCAAGGUUAGCUGGAUGGACUGAUUAUGGAUUUAUCCCUGGAUACGCUGUCUGCACUAUAGUCCACCCUACAGAGGCGAUGAAGAUAGCGCAUUAUUGCAUUGUCGUUGUUUUCUUCUUUCUUUUGCCGCUUGGAGUUGCAACAUUUUCCUAUUACAAGAUAUUCACAAUGGUAAAUCAGCACAAAAUAAACACGAAUUUAGCAAUAAAAGAAGAAUGCCGGAUAUCAGUAAGAGAGAUUCACAUUUCUAAGUCACUGGCCAUUAUUGUGCUGGCCUUUGCAUUGUGCUGGAUUCCCUUUUGGGUUGUUGCCAUGAUGCAGCGUUUUGCUCCUGAUACCGUUGUUUCACGCAAUGUCCAGCUACUAUGUCCUUUUCUGCUGUUCUUUUCUAGCACUAUUAAUCCGUUCAUAUAUGCCGGGAUGAAUCCGUCAUUUAGGGCAGAGUUUCGAGCCAUUUUGCUUUGUAAAUUUUGGAAAAAGCCCUCAGUUGGGGUCCAGGCCCAGGAGUUUGGAAACUCCCCUAGCCCUCUAGAGAUAAGUUAA